AUGGCUGUGCUUUGUUUUGACAACGGCAUUUUGGUGUACGAAAUCCGCGUCCUCGUAGCGGGCCAGCUGGACUCGUGCCCGUGCACGAUCGUGCGCCGCUUCUGCCAAUUCCAGCUCCUGCACCGCGCACUCCUCUCCGAGCUGGGCGCAUCGGCCCUGCGGGGGAUCUCCCUCCCGCGCUCUCUGCCGGCGCCCCUCCCGCUCUCGCUCUUGCCGCUGCCUCCUCCGACUCCGCGCUGCCUCCAGCUCUACCUGCGUGCCCUCUGCGCGCUGCCGACCGUGCGCGCCUCGCGCCGCUUCCAGGAGUUCCUGUGGCUCGAGGAGACGGCCAGGGGGCACGCGUGCCUGCGUGGGGGCGCCUACGCCGAGGCCGCGUCGCUCCUGCGAUCCGCCUCGCUCCUCCAGGAGAGGGCGGCUUGGGUCGCCGCGGACCGCGCGCACUCCGCGCCCACGCUCUCCGCCCUCGCCGUGUGCGCCAGGGACAUGGGGCACCCACGCGACGCGCUCGGAUACUGCGAGCGAGCGAUCCAAGCGCUGAGCGGCGGGGUCGAUGGGGUUAGGACGGUCGUUGCCGGACGGGCAAGGCCCCUCCGCCAAAGAUACCCCGAGCUGUGGGCCCCGCUACUCCGCGCAAGAGCCCGGCUGCGCUGGGAGCUCGGAGAGACGGACGCCAUGGACGAAAAGGAGGAUAAGAAUGUGGGAGUUGAUGGGAGUGGUGACCCUCGCUCACUUAAGGAGGUCGUCAUUGCCCAGUACCUGCGGUGAUGGAGAAGAGGCGGUGGGGUGGGGGUCAACAAGAAAAGUGACGAGCCAACAGAAAGUGAAAUGGGAGAUGUGUUAAGCAGCAGAGGUGAGGAUGGGGAUAGAGGAAAUGAUCAGAAUGAAUGGGAAUGGUGUUAGGGGUUUGGUUGGCUGAUGUGAUUUGGGGUAAGUGGUAGGGCUGGCAUUUGGAUGGCUGAUGUGGAUAGGAUUAGGGCUAGAGUUUCGUUGGGUAGUAUUUUUAUGGUACGAGCUAGGGUCUAGUUGGAUAUUUAUUCGAGGUAUUUAAAGGGGGGGCAUCUAUUGGAGCUCAGGUGUAUGCGUUGCAGACAUUGCACAUACCUAGCACAGACCUAUACAACGAAUACUGUUAGGGAUGACCCAUUAAGGCUCGCAUGACGCACGUGGAAGUGGCGUGGCUAUAACCGCGCCUUGCCGCCUUUAGUCUCCUUAAUGCCGAAUUCUUAUUGAAGGGCGAGGAUCGAUUUCUGUUCGUCUCGUUUUACCACGCCCUUUGUAUUGUCACUCGAUAUAUCUGUCUCGUUUGUGCAGUUUCUCUUGCCCAUUAGCUUAAAUGUUCCGUCACAUCAUCGAAUAAGAUCGACGCAGCGUUAAACAAGAUGCUGCGCAAGCAUUUCUGGCAUCCUCAAGGCAACCAUUGUGGACGGCCUCUACCUCUGGGUUGGUAUUGCACCCCGGGGCACGAGUGACAGUGGCCAGCCGUGCAGAACAGUCGCGCGAGACCACGAACCCAAGGCAUUCGCUCGGGCCAGGUCCAGAACGUGACCUGCAUCUGCGGUGAAGAGUGAGCAAUGGCUCCUCGCUCACAUCUGCUUCCGCUGCCGUCUGCUAGAUGAGCCGUUCACAGCUGAUGGCGAUGAUGAUUUAAGCACCGUGACUGAUCGUGCGUGGGCCUGUGCACGCAUGGUCGUUAUUGAUUUAACUCGGUUGGUAUGAAGGACACAGAAUGAAUGAAAAUGCAUACACAGUACCUUUCCUAACCAGUGAGUAAGUGACCACAUGCGCAAGCUUCUAAAGCAGGGGUGGGGAACGUCCGGCCCGCGGGCUGUAUGGGGCCCGCGAAAUCAUUUGGUCUCUGGCCCUGCC